AUGAGCGAUGGGGAACCCCCCAAUCGAUCUGCCACGAAUCUUGCUGCAAUAAAAGUUGCUGCUCUGCCAACCGUUUUCGAGACUCACAUUCCGAAUUUCGCCAAGAAGUCCCCAAGUCACCAAAUCUUCAAGAUGUUCAGCCGAAUCAUCCUUUUUCCACUCGUGUCCUGCGCACUCGCUGUAGUGGGCGUCACCUCGGCUGCAUCCAACCUACCAGUGAUCUUCUUCCACGGCAUCACUAGGACGUACGAGGAUGGCAACAACUUUGUGGCCAACCUCACCGCUGAGGGUCGCACCGUGGCAUCGCUCUCUUUCUGUGACGGUGAGUGCUCGAUCCAAUCUCUUCUGCUUCAAGUUCCAGCGGCGGUUAAGGCGGUGCGUGAGCUGGUAUCCAACAACUCGGUGUACGACGAUGGCUACAUUUUCAUCGGACAUUCGCAGGGUGGUCCCAUUUCUCGCGCUGUGAUGGAAGAAAUGAACGAGCACAAGGUCAAGCGCUACAUCAGUCUCGGUGGUCUACAGAACGGCCAAUUCAUCGGCCCCGAGCGGGUAGAAAAGUCCAUUGCGGACGGUGGUGCGUUCUUCAAGGCAAUCAUCCCUGAAACCGCGUACAACUACAGUGCUUACAAACCUGAGGACUAUUACGGAAAGCUGCAGAAGGAAUUCGUGCUGUACACCAUCGAAAACCCCGAUGCCCAGUACACGUUCUCGCAGUUCACUGUCAACCGGUGGCCACAGUUUGGCAGCUUUUCCACGGCCAACUACUUCCUCCCAGUCUACAACAACGUGAAUCACUGUCUGCCUGGUGACGACCAGUGUAUCUCCGACCAGCGACGCCGUAAGGCUAACUUCCUUAAAGUCGAGCAGGCCCACUUCUUCGCUUCACCUGCGGAUGACAUUAUCAUGCCGUGGCAGAGCUCCAUCUUCGGCCGCUACUCGGAGGUGGACACGAUCGAGGAAAUCGAGACCCAGUACAACAACCUCACCGUGGUGGACAUGAAGGACACGCUGGAGUACACUUCUGACACGUUCGGGUUGCAGACGCUGGACAAGCGUGGCGGGUUGUUUCUCCAUACUGCCGAGAAUAUUAGCCACAAGUGCUGGGUCGAGGACGAGGGUGACUGCGUGUGGGCGAAGGUGUACGACCAGUACCUCUACUCAACGUUGGUGUGA